AGCCAUCUUUGGCUCAAGCAGUUUUGGCUCGAGCCCGUCCUUCCCCCAGCGCAGCAACCCGGCGCCGCUUGUCCCCCCACAUCAGCCAGGGGCCGGCCAUGUCAGGCGACCGACCCGACCGCGGCGCCGAGGCGGAGGAGGCCACGGAGCUGCUGCGCGAGCAGCUAGGGCCCGCGGGCCUCCGCCGGCCGGUGGCCGCCGCCGCGCUCCUCGCGGUUCUCGCCGCGGCCUGGACCGCCGCGCUCCUCCUCUCGCGCGGCCGCCCGGUGCGGGCGGGCCCCUCGCUGGUGCGGCUGGCCUCGCAGGAGGCCACGGCCAUCACCUCGCUCAGCCCCGGCGCCGACUACUGCCCGGCGGCCGGCGAGAACUGCACCGCCUUGCGGUGCUGCGCCGAGGCCGGCCUCCAGUGCUACAAGAAGAACUCUGCGUGGGCCAGCUGCUUGGCGAACUGCACCAAGAACAAGUCAAUGCCCGGCGACGCCAACAAGGACCCCUGGGAUUGUGAGGAGUUCGGCGCCCGCACUCCGGGGCCGGCCGGGCCAGUCGACGAAGAUUACGACUGGACCACGGGGGGCUUACGCGGCCAGGAUUGCAGGGUCCACAAGUUCUGCGCGGGCCAGGACGACCAUUGCUACCUGAAGAACAAGGAGUGGGGCAGCUGCAUGCGGGAGUGUGACCCUGCGGCUUCAGGCACAAAAGGCUGGAGCUGCGAGAAGCUCUACUGAGCUCUCCCCGCGGUCCAGCGAGGUAGUGUCCCCUCGCCGACGCACCUCGGGCUGGUGUGGGCUUUUUGGAGGCGAGUGCUGAUCAUAUACCCGGCCACCAAGACGCCGAAAUGACCAGCGUGGCUUUGCCAGCGAGCCAAGGCGCUGAAGCCAACCGUCUUGAAUCACGCCCGGUCGGCUCCGUCUCGCUCGCAGCCUAAUUCGUUGCGUUUUUGGGCAUGCUGCAGGGAGCCCCUGCACACGUUCGAUCACGGCUUCGCAUGGAAUUCUCUGGCACCGUCUCCAGUCUUCCCCGAUCGCCCUCCUGUCCUCUCCUCCGUUCGAUGCGCGCUCCUGGUGCUUGCUGGUCACCCAAAGCCGGAGCACAGCUGCAGAGUUUUCCAACAGAUUGCGGUAGAGCGCGAGACGUUGCAAAUGCCAAUGGAUUUUACAAUAUUGUCCUGAAAGACCGACGUGUCUGCGCUCGCCAAAAAAGUAAAACAC